AUGGUGCCCGGGGCGCCCGGCGCGGCCCUGACCCUCUGCCUCUGGCUGGCGGCCUGCGGGGGCUGCCUGGCGGGCGGCCCCGGCGCCGCGGCCGCUCGGCGGCUGGACGAGUCCCUGUCGGCCGUGAGCGUCCAGCGCGCGCGCUGUUCGUCCAGGUGCCUCAGCUUGCAGAUCACGCGCAUGUCCGCCUUCUUCCAGCACUUCCAGAACAACGGUUCCCUGGUUUGGUGUCAGAAUCACAAGCAGUGUUCUAAGUGUCUGGAGCCGUGCAAGGACACCUGGGACCUACAGAAGGAGCAGUGCCACAGCCUCUGCGAGCCUUUGUUCCCCAAGAAGAACUACGAAUGCCUGACGAGCUGUGAGUUCCUCAAGUACAUCCUAGCGGUGAAGCAGGGGGACUGCCCGGCCCCCGAGAAAGCAAGCGGAUUUGCCGCCGCCUGUGUGGAAAGUUGUGAAGCUGACAACGAGUGCUCUGGGGUUAAGAAAUGUUGUUCCAAUGGGUGCGGACACACCUGCCAGGUGCCCAAGACGCUGUACAAAGGUGUCCCCCUGAAGCCCAGAAAAGAGUUAAGAUUCACAGAACUGCAGUCUGGACAGCUGGAGAUUAAGUGGUCCUCGAAAUUCAAUAUCUCCAUUGAGCCUGUGAUCUACGUGGUGCAAAGAAGAUGGAAUUAUGGAAUCCAUCCUAGUGAAGACGAUGCCACACACUGGCAGACGGUAGCCCAGACCACAGAUGAGCGGGUCCAGCUGACUGACAUACGACCCAGCAGGUGGUACCAGUUCCGAGUGGCAGGUGUCAACGUGCAUGGGACCCGAGGCUUCACCGCCCCCAGCAAACACUUCCGCUCUUCCAAAGAUCCCUCUGCACCCCCAGCGCCUGCCAAUCUCCGGCUUGCCAACUCCACCGUAAACAGCGACGGCACCGUGACCGUGGCCAUCGUCUGGGAUCUCCCUGAGGAACCAGACAUCCCCGUGCAUCACUACAAGGUAUUUUGGAGCUGGACAGUCAGCACCAAGUCACUUGUCCCAACAAAAAAGAAGCGGAGAAAGACUACGGAUGGGUCCCAGAAUUCGGUGAUCCUGGACAGACUGCAGCCAGACAGUGGCUACACCGUGGAGCUGCAGGCCAUCGCGUACUGGGGGCAGACGCGCCUGAAAGGAGCGAAGGCGUCCCUGCACUUCACGCCCGCACGCUCUGCCAGCCACAAAGAGCAAGUUGGGAAACCCAGGAAGAGUGUGGUGCACAUACAGCCAUCUUUCCAAAGACGACGGCCCGCUCGCCUCCUGGAAAUCGGAGCUCCCUUCUAUCAAGACAACCAGCUGCAGGUGAAGGUCUACUGGAAAAAGACUGAAGAUCUCAGCGUCGACCGAUACCACGUGCAGUGGCUGCCGGAGGUCUGUGCCCACAACCGCAGUGCCGGAGCAGAGACCUCUUCUGGCAUCACCCAGGAAAAUUAUAUCAUUCUUCAGGAUCUGUCGUUUUCCUGCAAAUAUAAGGUGACUGUGCAGCCGAUUCGGCCCAAGGGCCGCUUGAAGGCAGAAACCGUUUUCUUCACGACCCCGCCGUGCUCUGCCCUGAAGGGGAAAAGCCACCGGCACAUGAGCUGUCCCGGCGAAGCAGGUCACGUGCCUGCCAAGGUGCUCGCCAAGCCCGAGAACCUUUCUGCCUCGUUUGUCGUCCAAGAUGUUAACAUCACGGGCCACUUUUCUUGGAAGAUGGCCAAGGCCAAUCUCUAUCAGCCCAUGACUGGCUUUCAGGUGACCUGGGCCGAGGUCACGACGGAGAGCAGACAGAACAGCUUGCCCAACAGCAUCAUCUCACAGUCGCAGAUACUGCCUUCCGAUCAUGACAUCCUAACAGUGCCCAAUCUGAGGCCAUCUACGCUGUACCGACUGGAAGUGCAGGUGCUGACCGCGGGCGGGGAAGGGCCGGCCACCAUCAAAACUUUCCGGACGCCCGACCUCACACUGCCCUCGGUGCACAGACCCCACCUCAAACAUCGGCAUCCUCAUCAUUACAAGGCUUCCCCAGAAAGAUACUAG